AUGGACUUCCUGUCCUUUGGAUUGGAAAAUACAAAGACAGGGAUUUGUUUGCUGCAGGAUGGUAACCAGGAGCCUUUCAAAGUGCGACUGCACUUAGCCAAAGAUAUUUUGAUGAUCCAGGAGCAGGAUGUGAUCUGUGUGUCUGGUGAGCCUUUCUAUUCUGGUGAAAGAACAGUAACAAUUAGAAGACAGACUGUAGGAGGAUUUGGGUUAAGUAUAAAGGGUGGAGCAGAACAUAAUAUUCCAGUGGUCAUUUCUAAGAUUUCCAAAGAACAAAGAGCGGAACUUUCAGGUUUGCUCUUUAUAGGAGAUGCAAUUCUAUUGAUUAAUGGAAUUAAUGUGAGAAAAUGCAGGCAUGAAGAAGUGGUUCAGGUCCUUCGCAAUGCGGGGGAAGAAGUGACCCUAACUGUGUCCUUUCUGAAAAGAGCACCUGCUUUUCUCAAACUGCCACUGAAUGAAGAUUGUGCAUGUGCCCCCAGUGACCAAAGCAGUGGCACAUCCUCUCCCCUGUGUGACAGUGGUUUGCAUCUCAACUACCAUCCCAACAACACGGAUACAUUAUCAUGUUCCUCAUGGCCAGCAUCCCCAGGACUUAGGUGGGAAAAAAGGUGGUGUGAUCUCCGAUUAAUUCCACUUCUUCAUUCACGGUUUUCCCAGUACCUUCCUGGAUCAGAUUUGUGCAGGCAAAAUGCAUUCCAAGUAAUUGCUGUGGAUGGGGUUUGCAGUGGAAUAAUUCAGUGUCUCUCUGCUGAAGACUGUAUCGACUGGCUACAAGCAAUAGCAAGUAACAUUUCCAACCUCACAAAGCACAAUAUUAAAAAAAUCAACAGGAAUUUUCCCGUAAACCAGCAGAUAGUCUACAUGGGCUGGACGGAAGAACGGGAACAAGACUCCCUUCAGGAUCGAAUGUACACACCAAAGUUUCUAGCACUGAGGGGAUCUUCCCUGUAUAAAUUUAUAGCACCUCCAGUCACAACGUGGGAUUGGACACGAGCUGAGAAAACAUUUUCAGUUUACGAGAUAAUGUGCAAAAUUCUCAAGGACAGUGAUCUACUGGACCGGCGGAAACAUUGCUUCAGUGUCCAGUCUGAAUCUGGAGAAGAUCUUUACUUUUCUGUGGAACUAGAGUCUGACCUAACUCUAUGGGAGAAAGCCUUCCAAACAGCAACUUUUUUAGAAGUUGAACGGAUACAGUGCAAGACGUAUGCCUGUGUUUUGGAGAGUCAUCUUAUGGGACUUACCAUUGACUUUAGCAUGGGCUUUGUCUGUUUUGAUGCUGCCACAAAGGCUGUACUUUGGAGGUACAAGUUUUCCCAGCUGAAAGGUUCUUCAGAUGAUGGGAAGAGCAAAAUCAAAUUUUUGUUCCAAAACCAAGAUACUAAACAAAUUGAAGCAAAGGAGCUGGAGUUUUCCAACCUGUUUGCGGUCCUUCACUGUAUCCACUCAUUCUUUGCAGCCAAAGUGGCUUGUUUGGACCCUUUGUAUGUAGGCAGUCAAGCCACAGCUUCUGCUGCUCCUACAACUUCUGGUACUGGCAAAUUAAAGUAUACUACUUGA